AUGCGCAUCAACAGGGGUACAUGGGCUCGACUCGUCACAGUCUCCCUUUUAGGGGCGGCAGACUUGGCGUGUUCGGUCCAUUUGAGCAAAGAAUCACAAGCGCUCUUGGAUCAAUCCAUGAGCAUCCUGGAUGACAUUUACGAUGUUGAUGCGGGCUACGUGAAUUGGUUCUACUAUCCACUGGCGGCAGGUGCACACGAGACCCGUUCGAGCGUGUGGUACGCGGUCGGUCUGCUGCAGCGAAAUCAAGACGAUGAUCGCGACGAGGCAAUUCGUAUUCUGACAAAUGUCAUCGGUGGACAAGAGAGGAACACCUCGGUGCUGUGGUAUGGGGAUUAUACGGUGUAUCCGGAACAGCCGACGGUAGGCAGUCCGGCGUAUGCUCCUGAUAUUUACAAUACCUAUGAUCCCAACUGGAGAGGCUUCAUUGGAACCGCCUUGAUCCUCAUCUAUGAGGAGUUCGGUCACCUCCUGCCCACCGGGGUCAAACAGCUCGUUGUCGACAGUCUGUACAACAACACCGUCGGCGAUAGUUAUCGCGUCGGUGGAGUCGACAAUGAUAACCUCUACCCGGCGUAUUCCAAUGCCUGGCUCAUGCGCACCAUCACGACCGCCUGGACCGGCCACCAGGUGCAGGAUGCGAAUAUGACCGCCGCCGCGAAUGCCGACGCGCAGUCAUUCCUCGACCUCUUCGAUGGGAAUCAUACAUUGUCAGAGUUCAACGGGCCCACCUACGCCGGAGUCUCUUUGUAUGCCUUGACCAUUGCCGCCAAGUAUCUCCCAUCCAAUAGUUCCCUGAUUGGACACCAUGCCGCCCGACUGGUUCAAGAUAUCUGGGAGACAGAGUCACAGCUCUGGAACCCCAACAUGAGAAAUCUGGCAGGGCCCUGGGAUCGAUCAUACGGGUACGAUAUGAACAGAUACGUCGCCAUCAUGUCCCUCUGGGUAUGGUCCCUCGUCGGCAAGGAACAUGCCUGGCGGUCCAAGACCCCGAUAUGGACCAUGGCGCACGCUGAUGACUUUGAGAUCUCCCCCUUGGUGGCGAUCCUCUCGGGAUUCCAGCGGACCUUGCUCCCCGAGACGGUUCUGAAGAGACUCACUGCGUUUACUGGGGAGCGUACAUAUACGGGUCAUGCAUUCGCACCACCGGCCGACUACGAGCCGCGGAAUAUCUCUACAUGGAUUUCUGCGAAUCUCACAAUUGGAACCGCCUCGUUCAAUCAGAGUGUUCUCGGCGGCUACUCCAAGGAUUCCUCGUCGUUCUCGCCCUCCGUCGUGCAGUGGACUCGUCCCGCCGGUUCGAUCGGGUAUUUCAAUCUCUAUCCGACGGAGACGGCCUUGCGCGCAGAGGUCAGCCCGUAUGCGCUGAAUCUGACCUAUCCCAACGGCAAUGACACGAGUCGGUUCACGUUUGCCCUGGCGGUGAACCCUCUGGGCGGGAAGCGAGAUGUCUCGGGAUUAGAGGAUGUCGAUGGUCUGAAGAUCGACGUGGUCGGGGGCUCGGUGAACCCGGUGCCUGAGAUCUCGUUCUGCGGUCUUGUGGGCGGCACGUGUAAUGUGAUCCAGUAA